AUGCCUCCCAAAGCUGCCAAGGGCGAGUACAUCGAGACUGACACGGGAAACAAGAUCUCACGCCGGUCCCAAAUCCAUGGCACACAACACAUUAUUCUCGGUGGAAAGACCGUCAUUCAAGCCGAAGCUGUCAUCCGAGGGGAUCUCUACCGAAUCCCUGCUACCCCCGCCUCAACAGACCCAAACAACCCCCCUCCACCGUCAAACACGCCGAGCGUCUCAAUCACCGUCGGCCGAUACACCUACAUCUCCAAGUGUGCAAUCCUGCGCCCUCCGAGCAGACUGCACCGCGGUGUACACUCUUUCUAUCCUCUCAAGAUUGGCGAUCACGUCUUUGUCGGCGAAUCAGCUGUUAUCGAAGCUGCAUCGCUUGGGAACCAUGUUCAUGUUGGGGCCAGGGCUACAAUUGGAAGUAUGGCUAUCAUAAAAGAUUUUUCCGUCGUGCUUGAUGGUGCGGUUGUUCCUCCGGCUAUGGUUGUGCCAAGUUGGUCCGUGGUUGGCGGUAAGCCUGCCAGGAUUGUUGGCGAGGUUGGCGAGGGGUAUGGCGUUGAGGGGGCAGAGGGUGGACUGGCAAGAGAAAGAUAUCGGGCUGUGGGGAGACCGUAA